CUCUGGAUGAAGGAGAUAUUGCCUUGCUGAAAACAUAUGGCCAGAGCACGUACUCCAGGCAGAUCAAGCAAGUAGAAGAUGAUAUUCAGCAGCUACUUAAGAAGAUCAAUGAGCUCACUGGAAUCAAGGAAUCUGACACUGGUCUGGCUCCUCCUGCUCUCUGGGACCUGGCUGCAGAUAAGCAAACUCUCCAAAGCGAGCAGCCGUUACAGGUUGCGAGGUGCACAAAGAUCAUCAACGCGGACUCCGAGGAUCCCAAGUACAUCAUCAACGUCAAGCAGUUUGCCAAAUUCGUGGUGGACCUCAGUGACCAGGUGGCACCUACUGACAUAGAAGAAGGCAUGAGAGUGGGGGUGGACAGAAACAAGUAUCAAAUCCAUAUCCCCUUGCCUCCCAAGAUUGAUCCCACAGUCACCAUGAUGCAAGUAGAAGAAAAACCAGACGUCACUUACAGUGACGUUGGUGGUUGUAAAGAGCAGAUUGAAAAGCUGAGAGAGGUGGUUGAAACUCCCCUGCUUCAUCCCGAGAGGUUUGUCAACCUGGGGAUCGAGCCCCCCAAGGGAGUGCUCUUGUUUGGGCCACCUGGCACGGGGAAGACCCUCUGUGCCCGUGCCGUGGCCAACAGGACGGACGCCUGCUUCAUCCGGGUGAUCGGCUCCGAGCUGGUGCAGAAGUACGUGGGGGAGGGAGCUCGAAUGGUCCGUGAACUCUUUGAAAUGGCCAGAACUAAAAAAGCUUGCCUUAUAUUCUUUGAUGAAAUCGACGCCAUUGGAGGCGCUCGUUUUGACGACGGGGCUGGGGGUGACAAUGAAGUGCAGCGUACUAUGCUGGAGCUCAUCAACCAGCUGGAUGGCUUUGACCCACGAGGCAACAUCAAAGUGCUGAUGGCUACCAAUAGACCCGAUACUCUGGAUCCAGCCCUGAUGAGGCCCGGCAGGUUGGACAGGAAGAUAGAGUUUAGCUUGCCAGAUCUUGAGGGGCGAACUCACAUAUUCAAGAUCCAUGCUCGUUCGAUGAGUGUUGAAAGAGACAUAAGAUUUGAGCUGUUGGCUCGACUGUGUCCUAACAGCACAGGCGCCGAGAUCCGCAGCGUGUGCACGGAGGCCGGCAUGUUCGCCAUCCGGGCGCGGCGGAAGAUCGCCACCGAGAAGGACUUCCUGGAGGCGGUCAACAAGGUCAUUAAGUCGUACGCGAAAUUCAGCGCUACCCCCCGCUACAUGACCUACAACUAGCACCCGAGAAUGGUUCGCCUGUUGUCAAACCUCCUGUGAAACAAAAAUCCAAGUGUAGUAGUUCAUGUCGCGUUCUUGGAAGCCAGAAAUAAAUGGAGUGUUCCAAA